CCAGCUAAAUAUGGAUUUUUUUUCCGGGAAGGGGAAUUCUUGCGUCUUUCUUUUGGAUUGUUGUUGUUUCCUCGUGUUUUCGAGGCGAUAAAUUGAUGCGUGGCUCUGAUUGCUUUGAUUCAGUGGGUUGGAAGAUUGGAAAUUAGGGUUUAGAGAAAGGUCGCAUCGACCUGCUAGUAUUAAUGGUUUUGGAUAUGGUCCACGAGAACCGGUUCUUGAUAGGUCGGGGACGUGAUUUCUUGUGUCUUCCUUGAUCUUGCAUCUUCUACCUGGAGAAAACUUUCCAAAAUUUCCACAAACUAUCUGCUUAAGAAAUGGGGCAGGCUUGUUGUUGCUUACAAGUGGACCAGUCAACUGUGGCCAUCAAAGAAACUUUUGGUAGGUUCGCUGAUGUGCUUGAUCCUGGAUUCCACUUCUUACCUUGGUGUUGCGGGCAGCAGAUUGCUGGCUACCUCUCAUUGCGUGCACAACUUGAUGUUCGUUGUGAAACAAAGACAAAGGAUAAUGUGUUUGUCACUGUUGUUGCAUCUAUACAAUGUGCUCUUGCUGACAAGGCAUCUGAUGCUUUCUACAAACUUAGCAACACAAGGGAACAAAUUCAAUCUUAUGUUUUUGAUGUCAUCAGGGCAAGUGUUCCAAAGCUGAACUUAGAUGACGUAUUUGAGCAGAAGAAUGAUAUUGCGAAAGCUGUGGAAGAUGAACUUGAAAAGGCAAUGUCAUUGUAUGGAUACGCGAUAGUUCAAACACUCAUUGUGGAUAUUGAGCCUGAUGAACAUGUUAAGAGAGCAAUGAAUGAGAUUAAUGCAGCUGCUAGGCUCAGGGUGGCAGCAAAUGAAAAGGCUGAAGCUGAGAAAAUACUGCAGAUCAAGCGGGCUGAAGGAGAUGCAGAAUCAAAAUACUUAGCAGGGCUUGGUAUAGCACGCCAACGCCAGGCUAUUGUGGAUGGGCUGAGGGACAGUGUGCUUGCCUUCUCGGUAAAUGUGCCUGGGACAACAGCAAAGGAUGUCAUGGAUAUGGUGCUGGUGACCCAGUACUUCGACACCAUGAAAGACAUUGGAGCAUCCUCUAAGUCCACUUCUGUGUUCAUUCCUCAUGGGCCUGGGGCUGUGAGGGACAUUGCUGCACAAAUAAGGGAUGGCCUCCUCCAAGCCAACACCACUCUUUAAGUAAGACCAAAUGGACGCUAGUUUUUUCCAGUUUUGGAUUCUCUUCGUAGUAAUUUCCUAUGAUUUGGUGCUGUUAUUGUGGAUAUGCAGAUUAGGAAAUGUGGUGUAAAUAGUGUGUUUAUAUAAGUUACUUUUAUUGCCUUCAGUGUCUUGUGUGAGUAUGUUUUAGGUGAUUUGUUGAACAAGAUAUUUUCAAGAUACAGUUUAUGACUGCGUUAUUAAGGUAUAUGGAUGGAGAUGGCUAUUUUUAUCAUUAUUAA